GAGAGGCUUGAUGAUAUUUUAGAAACAAAUACCGUUAUGAUGGCAUUCUUUGAUCAGGAUAGGCUUGAUAUCCAAUAUUUGUUAAGAAAACAUAAUUUAAUGUGGAAAAAACACAUUGAUCAAAGUUUUGAAGUAAUUAUUCGUGGAAUUUCCCAUCGACUGAUAUUGUUCAAUCCAUCGAAAAGCGAAGAUUAUAUCGAAUUCGUCUUGCGAGAAGUUAAAAGAAUUAUACCAAAAUUUACUAUUAUGAAUUACGAGAUGCAGAGUGAGACUUUAGCAGGUCCAGCAAAUUGGACAACAUUUGUAUGGACUUUACGGCGCAGCAGAUUUAUCAGCUGUAGGAAAGAUUCCGCAGUUCGAUUUCGCAAAACCUAUCCUCAUAUCUUCAAAGGAAAACCUAAAAUUGGAAAUGAAAUUAUACUGACCCUUCAGCAAUUCCGCAAUUGGGCUAUUCAGCUUAGUAUGACACCGAUGCUCUGUGCGGGCACCCUGCUUGGUUGGUACCGACAAUGUGGUAUCAUACCAUAUACACAUGAUAUCGACUUUGCGAUCUUCAUCGAGGAACAUUAUAACGAAUUUCCAGAAGAUGUUAUGAGUAGUUCGUUUAUGAAGCUUAGUCUGCGAUUUAAUAAACCAGAAGAUUUAUUGGAAUACAAAGUGUAUAUAGACAAUAGUAUUCCAAUGGAUAUCUUCUUUCUAUAUCAUAAUCAAAACAGUUCUUGGGUUGGAGGUUUAUCUUAUACAACCAAGUACAGGUUUAUUUAUCCACAGAUUAAUCGGACUUGCUCAACUGAUCUCCUUGGUUACUUAAUGUAUGUACCAUGCAAUGCAUUAGAUGUUCUUGUGAGUGAAUAUGGUUUGAAUUGGUCUGUACCACUUCACUCCUCUAACUAUUCUUGGAACAGUUCACCACUAAACAAAAAAGAAGCCGGUAAAGUUCCUCCUGAAGAGAUAGUUGAAUCCUUCAUAAAUUAUGCAAGUUUGAAAAAGACAAAGAUCAGCAGAAAAAUCUCUAAUUCUCCGGUAAAACGUAUAAUAUCACAAAAUGCCGAACAUUCAAAAACGCUGAAUAUAUCAGAGCAUUUAAUGAACACCACACAAAGCGUCAAUGGUUGA